AUGGAGUCACUACUAUCGCUUGCCUUCGACAACCUUUCGUCCUACGAUGGACCCAAAGUUCGAAAAGGCCUUCGCCAGGUCGAAGGUCUUCUCGCCCAGAUCUGCCUCUCAAACACAAACUCCAGCUCUCGAAGCUCGCAUCGAAGCCGUGAUUCAGACGAUGAUGGAAGCGAUACAUCCACACCGCCCCAGAAGGAUCUCUCCCAGCUUUCACGGGAUCCCGCUUUCCGAGAAUUCUUCAAGUUGCAGGAGGGUUUCGAAUGGAAUGUCGCAAUGCGCAUGAUCAGCACUCUCGAUCGACUUAUGGCCAAGGGCGGUGAUGGUGGUAACGAUCUCUUGAUAUUGAGCUCUCUUGAUCUCAUCCAGGGAUUAUUAUUGCUUCAUCCUCCAAGCAAAACUCUAUUCGCACGAGAACAAAACAUGAACCUUCUGCUCGACCUACUUGAGCCCUACAACUGCCCCGCCAUCCAAUCCGCGACUCUUCUCACACUAGUCACCGCUCUUAUCGACACUCCCCUCAACACCCGCACCUUUGAGAGCCUCGAUGGCCUCCUCACAGUCACAUCACUCUUCAAGUCGAGAUCCACAGCUCGUGAGGUGAAGCUGAAACUCGUCGAGUUUCUCUACUUUUACCUCAUGCCCGAGAUCCCCUCGAUUCCUCGAGCCGAUCAGCGCGAUAGCGUUCCCGCUAUACACCAGCGCAGCCCUAGCAAGCUAGCCGGUGCUUUUAACGCCGAUUCCCGUCGCAAGCGCUCUGGCUCCGAUCCCGAAGGAGACAUUUAUCUUACUACUGAGGAGAAGCAAGAGCUGCUCAGCCAACAUCUGAGCAGUGUGGAGGAACUUGUCAAGGACCUACGAAGCUGCGCACCCUUUGGCGGUGUUGUCUGCUAA